UCCAGAUCCGAAGCGCCGGAUAUUUCAAGGUUUCGUAACUACCAUGGAGUCGAACCUGGAUCUCGUCUUACACUCACUUUUCCUGCCUCUUUCCGGAGCCACCCAAGCGGUAAUAGACAUAUAUAGCAAAUUUCGAGAAUACUCUCUGGCAUUUAAGACUAUCGAGAGAUUUACGGCUUCGCGCAUCGACUCCGAAGCUGAAAUGGAGCCCUACGAAUUCUCCACAAUGUCACGGCAAAUAAGCGCAUUGCUUGUCAAAAUUGAAAAGAGCAUUCACAAAACUCGGCAAUAGAUGCUAGCUAUGGACUCAUUGACGAAGUUUCAACUCAAUCAGGGCUCUAAACCAAUUCAAGGUCUUACCAUUGAGUCUAACGAGAAUAAUUCUGCGUCGGUUUUGGGCGGUAUACAACUUAUCCAGAGCAAACUGGAUGUAAUGAAGAUCAAAUUCAACUACAUCCUGGCAAGAGCUAAAGAUUUAC